AUGAAGAGAGGUAAUCAGAGCAGUGUGUCUGAAUUCAUCCUCCUGGGGCUCCCCAUCCUGCCAGAGGAGCAAGGCAUGUUCUAUGCCCUGUUCCUGACCAUGUACCUGACCACCGUGCUGGGGAACCUGCUCAUUAUCCUGUUUAUCAGGCUGGACUCUCACCUCCACACCCCCAUGUACUUCUUCCUCAGCCACUUGGCCUUCACUGACAUCUCUUUCUCAUCAGUCACAGCUCCAAAGAUGCUCAUGAAUAUGCUGACACACAGUAAAUCCAUCUCAUAUGCUGGGUGCAUUUCCCAGGUGUACUUUUUUUUACUAUUUGGGGAUCUUGACAGUUUCCUUCUUACCUCAAUGGCAUAUGACAGAUAUGUGGCCAUCUGUCAUCCAUUGCACUAUCCCAGAAUCAUGACUCAGAGUUUAUGUUUACUGUUACUUAUUAUGUCCUGGGUCUUAUCCUGUGCCAGUGCCCUUGUGCACACCCUCCUCCUAGCCCAUCUUUCUUUCUAUGUAGACAACACUCUACCUCACUUCUUCUGUGAUCUCUCUGCUUUACUUAAGUUGUCCAGUUCAGACACUACAAUGAAUGAUCUGGUUAUCCUCACUGUAGGAGUAGUAGUCAUCACUGUACCAUUCAUAUGCAUUCUGGUCUCUUACAGCCACAUUGGGGCCACCAUCUUAAGAACUCCUUCCAUCAAGGGAAUCUGCAAAGCCCUGUCCACAUGUGGCUCUCAUCUCUCUGUGGUUGCUCUGUACUAUGGAGCAAUUAUCGGGCUAUACUUUAUCCCUUCAUCCAAUAACAUUAAUGACAAGGAUGUCAUUGUGUCUGUGCUGUACACACUGGUCACACCCAUGCUGAAUCCCUUUAUCUACAGUCUGAGGAACCAGGAUAUGAAAGGAGCACUGGGUAACAUCCUCAGUAGAGGGUCUUUUUCAAGAUGA